CGAGUAAAGCUAGGUUUGCCAAACCAAAGAGCCGAACCCGGCCUUUAGGGAAAAAAAGAAGAAAAAAAAAAUCCCUUCUCUUUUUGUUUCCCUCUCUUCUCUCUUCCAUGGAAAAAAUGGCGGCAGCUUCUAGAAAACCAAGAAGCGCAGUAAUUGGAUCCCUUUCUUCAACCCCUAGGUUCUGCAACUCUCACUCUACAUCAUCAUCUUCUUCUUCCUCAGCUUUCGCUUCUUCCACCUCCAGCUUCACCUCUCGCUCCUCCUCCUUCUUUCACCGCUCUUGCUCUCCAACACGUGUCAACCUCUACGGUUCCACCGCUCCCUCCGUCCGGUUCUCCCUCGACCGUUCGGUCUCUCCGAACCGCUCCAUCUCGGUGGCGCCGCGAACCGGCGCUUCAAGGCAAAGCAGUAGCCCGCACCACCAGCAGAAGCGGACCUGCAUGUGCUCGCCUACGACGCACCCUGGCUCCUUCCGUUGCAGCCUCCACAAGAAGAGCCACGCUCCGGCGCCGUACUCGCCGCACCGCCUCAACGCGCGCAGAUCCGCGAUGACGAACUCGCUCGUGAGAAUUCGCGGCGUCGAAGGAGAUCUCGUGAAGCGAGCUCUCGCCGCGUUGAUUCGACCUUCCUCGCACCAGCAGAGAAGGCGAGGAGACUUUUACCCGAGGCCUAGCAGGCUCUCCGUUAUGUCCAUGGCAGAGAGAGGUCAUUUGAAUUGAACUACUUCCCCUACCUCUACCGUUUCCGGCCACCGCGGACGGCGACGAAAACGGCGGCGACGGAUCCAACCGAACUGGUUUGAGAUCUAAUGGAUGCGCGGACGGUUUCCAAAUCCAAGCGAAAACUGAUUAUGUGCUUCGUCUCUGUGUUUGCGUGUGUCUGUGUGUAUAUAAUACAGAACUUAUAUAUUCAGUUGCAGCCAUUGAUGGCCAUUCUUGGAGCUUCUGGACCUAAUUUUAUGGAAAACGAUUUUGAUUAAAAUUUAAAAACAAAUAACUAAUCCUCAAUUAAAAUUCAAAACUAUAUUCAGUCAAAAUUUUGGUUCAUUACAAAUGUUCCACUUCGUUCAAUUUUUUCAGUUCAAUUUCAAUGUCACGUCUCUUUUUUAUUUCUUCUAUAGUUUUCGUUUUUCUUUUUUAAGUUUUUAUCUUCUCGUCGUGACGUGGCGUUUGUCAUAAACUUUUCCGUGGUAUCCGUUCGUCAACUUUGCCUUGUAUUUAUUUGUUGUGCGUUUUUUCGUAAUCGUGUGUAUUUCUCCGUAUUUUUCACUGAUAUAUUCCGUAUUUUUCACUGAUAUAUUUUCGUGUGUAUUUGUUUACUUGGUGAGAUACGUUUACAACACGUAUUAAUUCUUUUUAGUUUGAUUUAAUUAUUUGUUGUUUUUAUGCUAUUAAUAAUUGUUUCUAGUGUUUGUUUUGCAGGGAAUAUAUCUUUGGUGGCAACUGGCAAGUGGGGGGGCCAACACGGGACACGAUAACGCAUAACGGGAUUGGUUGGAUCCAACUCCAAGAACAGGAUAAAGCUUUGUUAAGAUUAGAGUGCAAGACACAAUGUUUAUCAUCAUCAAUAUAAUCAUAUAAUGAUGCACCAUUAUUGCUGA